CUAGUAAACAUUUAUCAAACAUUCUCAAAAUUGCCUCCUGAUAUUUGAUUACAUUGAACUUUACUGUCAAACCAUGCGUCACUGUAAAGUUGAUUUAUUGAAAUUAUUUUGCCUUUUGGUUGUUUGGUGGGUUUUUUUAAAACCCGGGGUAGUUUAAAUGCACUUUUCUGAUCGAUCUCUUCAGAAGGAUGAUAUAAGAUGUUAUAUGCGUAUUAACUUUACGAGGAUCAUCCGAAUUAAGUCUAAUUCCAGGUGUUCGUCAUAAAAUGAAAUAGACUGUGUAAUAAAAUUUCAUGUUUAAGAUAACAUAAUAAUAUUUCAUAGGAAAUAAUCCCCAUAUCAUCGUGCACAUCCAAACCCACGUGAACGUUACGGAAUUAAAUAGUAUUCACAAAGUUAUUGCCCUAGUAUAAUCAAGAACAUUCAAGGAAGACUGUACAUGGUUAUAUAACUCUCUGUAUGCAUAAAUUUAUUGCUAGUGAUAUUUUUAAAAGGACCUCAAGGUACUAGGCAACGUCUUGUAUAUUGCUUUGAAUGAAGCACAGUUAAGAUAAAAAGAAACUAAAAAAGUCAAUAGGCUAAAUUUCGUAAGCGCUUGUUGUUUGCGAUACUUAAUAAUUCUUUAGUUGUUUUUUGUAGAUCUUUGCUUUCUUGAUUCCCGUAUCAAUGUCUCUGCAACAAGAGUCAUCGAUUCUCGCAUUUCAAUGAAAUCCAAUGUGAUGUUUCCAUUCAAUUUCACUUGACAAACAAGGAUUUCAUUGUAGUCAAGCAUUUUUAAAAAUCAUAAUGCAAUUUAAAACUUUAGCCCCAGUAUUCUGAAGAAUGCGACAUUGAUAACCUAUGAAGAUAAAACAAUCACUUGUUCUUUCUUGAUUCGGAACAUUUAUUACAGGGUUGAUAAGGAAAAUAACACCAUAUCAUGAGUGCAUAUCUGCUUUAACAAUAGAAAUAAUACUACCCCAUACUUGGCCCACUCGCCGGGUUAAUUUACAUGGGCUUUGACAAAAUUAAUUUGUUUUGACUUUUGCUACGGAUCUCCCUCACCCAAUCUUCCAAAUGAUCAAUCCCAGGGUUAAUUCAAAGUAUUAUCAAUUACGAGAUCUAAACUAGAAUAUAAAAAGAAAACGAGACCCCACCAUGGUGUGAUUGAGGAAGUGGAGAAUUAAAAGGGAUGCAAGAUUGCAUCACAGCACGAAGAUCGUGUCACACUUUUAUAAGGAUUGCAGACAUGUGCAAAAGGAGAAGUCUUGAGCUGAUCGAACUUCCAGAGGAAAACAUGGUUGAAAAAUCUUUGGGAUUUAGUUUUUUGGAAAACGAACAUAUCUCCAGCUUUUUACGAAAAAUUUACAUUUAAAUUGAAAAAAGAAGCCGCCUUUCCACUGAUUCUACCGACCAAUCCCCUGGUAGUCUUGGGGGGGGGGGAUAAAGGAACCAUAACUCCUGUACACGAGCCUGUGUACCCAUACUCGAUACUGUUGAUGAUUUAUCGACUCGACUUCGGAUAGCAUGUAAAGUUUGUUUAUGACAAUCAAACAUUAUCAAUAUUCACCUACCUUGGGGGAAUAAUGCUUAAUUACUAGGUGAUAUCUUCCUGUAUUCAAAAUGGAAAAAAAUCUAGGACUUGUACUUCAUGGUGGCCCAAUUUCCGUGGGCAUCCUUGCAUAUACCACAACUGCAACCAAAAACUAAACAAAAAUGAUGUAAUUUAAAAUCUGAUAAGUUUACUAAAAGGGAAUCUUGCCAAUUUGAAUAAAUCUACUACAUACAGUAUAGUAUUUCAUCACUCAAUGCACAUGAUAGCCCUUUGGUUAGUUUGUGCGUGUGGUUACGACGCUAUGGCUAUUCUGGACAUAGGCAAUUUGGUUGUAUUUCUCGUAGCAUUCAUCGGCCAUUGUCAAAAUAAGAAAUAUUUUGUACUGGAAUGGUUGGAUGAGAGGAAGGAAGAUGCUUAUUGUGGUUUGUUUAACUUAACUAAGACGGAAAACAAUAAGGUACACGAGGGGACAUGUAUGUCAUGUUCAGACUAAAAAGCGACGAGAGGACUCUUGGUAAAAUUCUAAUUUGAAAUUGAGUUCAAUUUCUGAGAUGUCAUAAAAAUUUUAAAAAGAAAAGAAAAAGAAGAAGAUCGUAAUCUGAUAUCUGAAUGAGAGGUCUUGUUUGUUCACAAUGAUGUUCAAAGCCCAUUGUGUUUGAAGGUUAAUAAAAACCGCCAAUGUCUGAUCUUUAGAUAAUGUUCGAGAUGUAUUAUGUUAGUUUGUACGUUUUCACAAUUCAGUCAGAGUGAUAUUGGAAAAAUUUACACAUACAUGUUUAAUCAGCUUAUUAAUGAAAAUGAAUAUAACCCACAAAUCGAUAUCUGCUGAAAAGAUUUGUGGUCGACUAAUACAAGACUUUCUAUGUACGCUGUAGGUAUAUUGUACUAGGUGCUUUAAAAUGUCCUGUAGGCUGACAUAAUAUUUUAGUCAACCUCGAUUUAUCUGAACGUCUUCCAGUCCCGUGGAAUUUAGAGGUUUUUUUUUAAAUUUUGGUGAAUUUACAUCGGAUUAUUUGAAAGUGCUCCUUAAAAGAUUGUAUUUACGUGAAUUCAUUUGAUGGCCAGUGAUUGGAUUGAACAAACUUGGAAUACUUGACAUGAACUUGGUUUGUAGGAAUAAAAAAGCAAAGGGAAUGAGUAACUGUCGACAUUAAUUAUAUGUGUUCACAAUAAUGUUAAAGUAUUCCGUAACAAGUGACGAAGGAUCAUUCUCACCAAAUCACAUUCGUCACGAGAACUCUGAAACUCUAAUGAAGGAUACAAUUGACGUGAACAUAAAUCCGAGGUCACGAGCAAAAAUGGUAAUGAAGAAACGCGCAAAGCAUGUUCAGCGGAGAGGAGGGGAUUUCACGAUAUUUCCUCCAAUCUCUCAAACUCCUAGUAAUCAUCGAAAUGAUGUGAUCACUCCUUAUGUUAACCAUAUUGAUGCGGAUUCGCCGUACAUCAAUUCACUAGGCAUAUCACGUGUUCAUGACGUAACAACACCGUAUGUAUUUCAUAGUCAAUUUUCAAAACACGAUAGAACAUCUCCAAUGCCUCAAAAGGAAUUUACCAGAAUUUCGAACCUUCGUAACAAUGCUGGGACUCCACAGAACCCGCCACAACAGAAUGUUGUUGAAGUAACUAGAAUUAAGAAAGACCAAUCGUUUUCCCAUGAAAGUAUCAACAAAUUAGGUGGUUCAUCUCCAUUUAUAGAGAGAAGAUCUCGGUUAGACCAUAGAAGGAAAAUGGCUAAAGAGAAUAUGAAUCACAAUACCCCAAGAAAUCACGUUCAAGAGGGCGACAAAAACGCAAAACUACAGAUUCAAAGUAAUCAAAUGGGACUCGUGCAAAGAGCCGAGAGACAUAAGUCUUUCCACGAUUACAGUCGUGCUAGAAACGAGGAACAAUUCUCUAUAAGAAAGAAGAUAGAACAGUUUCGAAAAUGGCACGAAGAGCAAUAUAAAGAUAAGCUGAAGAAACUGAAAGAGGAGGUGGAUAAUCAGUUCGACGUGGAAAACCGCAGAGCCCAGACCUCAAGAGUGGGGAGUCACACACCACAAGGCAAUACCAAAGAUCGCCAGGAAAAGAAAACCAAAACAGAACUUCAACAAAAAUCGUCUUCCAGUGGACAGACUCCUGUUUUAAACGGAGGAAAUGUCCCCAGCUCUGUAGAUGAGAAAGCGAGUUCCGAACGGACUUGGCACACGUGGCGUGACAUCAAUGACUCUUACGCAUAUACAAACGUAAAACAGUAUAUUGAAGAAAACGAACUGAUGACUACAGAAAAGGAGGAUUGGAUAAAAAAGUGGGUUGUUGAAGUGGACAAAGCAAUGAAAUCAGAAGAACAGGGACCAACGCAAGUUUGAUCAAUAUGAUUUUUUAGAUACUUGUAAGCAGUCUGUGAUAUUUGGUAUCUAACCACUUUGACAGGUUGAUCUUUUCUGACAGAGCCUAUCUGGCUAGCAGUCCGACAUACAGUAUUAUUUCAAUUCAAAGAGAAAGGAUGAUUUUAUAGUGAUUGGUGCGAAUAUAAAAGCCAUUCGAUGACUUUUGUGAUAUAUUUUUGUGAGGUAUACGUAUUCUGCCAACAAUUUUAAAUUAUGUCUUAUGUCUACAUGGAAAAUGAAAAUGUAUGAUAUUAGAAAUAUGUGCUUGAAUGAAAAUUAGUAUUAUAAUAUUGACUAUGAACAGUUCAACUGUUAAGUGUGAUUGUUAAAAUCUCUAAAAACAUAUUUAUAUAUAAUCGUUGCUUUUCUCAGAACCAACGAAAAUAUUGUUUUGGAAUCACUAAGGUGGCACGUUAAUAUUUAUUUGCAUUCUGUUACAUAGAUCAUUUAUGUUAUCGUGUUUGUUUACAGGUAUAUAUUAUUUGUUAUCAAUUAAAUCAAUGUUUGCACAAG